CCCUUAUACAUGUCGUCGGAAGAGAUUAUCUAUUUUAGGAUUCAGCGGCUGUGUUGGCUCACUUCGGGAAAAUACCUCCUUCCUUACUUUUUAUUCGUCAUUGCUCGGUCUGCUAUUGAUUGCAGAAUUCGCAGGCGCAGUGUUUGCGUAUGCUUGUCGAGAUCAGCUCGACACCUAUAUAAGGAAUUUACUCAAUGACGUGGUUGUUGGUUAUCGUGAUGAUCCUGACUUACAAGUCCUCAUCGACACUAUGCAAGAAUCAUGGCAUUGCUGUGGUAUAAACGGUGCCGAUGAUUGGGAUAAAAACACUUACUUUGCUGUUGCUGCCCGUGAGGUCUGCCUUCCAGCUUUAUCGUGCCAUCUACAUGACUCAUCCUUGUUUUGUUGA